CGCGCGACAGCCCCGCCCCUCGAGGGCCCCAACCCCACCCCGCCGGGAGGCACCUGCGGCCCGCGCUGCGCUGGAACGGGUUAGUGGAUCACCAUGAAGCAACCCAAGACCCCAGGUGCCUGAAACACCCACUCCCACAGGGAGGACCCUCUGGAAAACCCCAGGGAAAAAAAAUGAGGCUCUUGCGGAGACGCUACAGCCCCUUGAAGGUGGCUUUAGCAGGUGCUGUCUUCGUCCUCUUCAUCUUCAUCCUGCAGAAGGACAUGGGGAGCAAGGACCCAAGGGAGGAGCCAUGGUUGAAAAACAUAGUCCAGGGGAAGGACCAAGUCCUCGACCUGAUGCUGGGGGCGGUCAACAACAUCCGAGACUCAAUGCCAAAGCUGCAGAUCCGACCUCCGGUUCAGCAGGAGGAACCACUGCCCGACGCCCGCUCCUGCCUGCCCGGCGUCUACACAGCAGCCGAGCUUCAACCACUGAUGGAGAGACCCCCCCAAGACCCUGCCAGCCCUGGAGCCGAUGGUAAAGCCUUCAAGAAGGAUCAGUGGACGCCUGAAGAGAUGAAGGAGAAGGAGCGAGGUUACGAGAAGCAUUGCUUCAACGCCUUUGCCAGCGACCGCAUCUCCCUGCAGCGAGCGCUGGGACCCGACAGCCGCCCACCCGAGUGCAUCGACCAGAAAUUCAAGCGGUGCCCCCCCCUGCCCACCACCAGCGUCGUCAUCGUCUUCCAUAACGAAGCUUGGUCGACGCUGCUGCGGACGGUGUGGAGCGUCCUGCACAGCUCCCCGGCCCUGCUGCUGAAGGAGAUCAUCCUUGUGGACGAUGCCAGCACGGAUGAGUACCUGAAGGACAAUCUGGAUCACUACGUGGAGCAGCUCCAGAUCGUGCGAGUCGUGAGGCAGGAGGAGCGGAAAGGGCUGAUCACAGCACGGCUGCUGGGGGCCAGCGUGGCCAGCGGGGAGGUCCUGACCUUCCUUGAUGCCCACUGCGAGUGUUUCCACGGCUGGCUGGAGCCCCUCUUAUCCCGCAUCGCCGAAGAGCCCACAGCUGUUGUGAGCCCUGACAUCGCCACCAUCGAUCUCAAUACCUUUGAAUUCUCCAAGCCUGUCCAGAAUGGCAAACAGCACAGCCGGGGCAACUUUGACUGGAGCCUGACUUUCGGUUGGGAGACCAUCCCACUCUGGCAGAAGCAACAGAGGAAGGAUGAGACCUUCCCCAUCAAGUCCCCGACCUUUGCCGGUGGCCUUUUUGCCAUCUCGAGGUCCUACUUUGAGCACAUAGGCUCGUACGACGAUCAGAUGGAGAUCUGGGGUGGUGAGAACGUAGAAAUGUCCUUCAGGGUCUGGCAGUGUGGGGGUCAAGUUGAGAUCAUCCCUUGCUCCGUUGUGGGUCAUGUCUUCCGCUCUAAGAGCCCCCACACCUUCCCCAAGGGCACCCAGGUCAUCUCCAGGAACCAGGUCCGCCUGGCUGAGGUCUGGAUGGAUGACUACAAGGAGAUCUUCUACCGCAGGAACCAGCAAGCUGCUCAGAUAGCUAGAGAGAAGACGUAUGGUGACAUUACAGAGCGACGCAAGCUGAGGGAGCAGCUCCACUGCAAGAACUUCACUUGGUACCUCCAGACCAUCUACCCGGAGAUGUUCGUCCCUGACCUGACUCCAACUUUUUACGGAGCUAUAAAAAACGAGGGCACCAAGAGCUGCCUGGACGUCGGGGAAAACAACCAGGGUGGGAAACCACUCAUCAUGUACCCCUGCCAUGGCAUGGGGGGUAACCAGUAUUUUGAGUACACAAGCCAGCAGGAGCUGCGGCACAACAUUGGGAAGGAGCUCUGCCUGCGGGCUGGUUCAGGCUCAGCCGAGCUGGGGGACUGCCAGUACCGGGGCAAACCUGGCCGGGUGCCAGCCAGUGAGGAGUGGGACCUGGCACAGGAUCGGCUGAUUAAAAACCUGGCCUCAGGGAUGUGCUUGACUGCACGAGGGAAGCACCCAGCACUGGUUCCCUGCAACCUGGCAGACCCCCACCAGCUCUGGUCCUUCACCUAGAUGGGAAGAAGAGUGGUCCGAGCCUCCAGCCACCCCUAGUUGAGCUCAGGAAACCAGAAUCCAAAAAACUUCCUUUUUUUUGUUUGUUUUUUUUUCUUUUCUUAUUUAGGAAGUUAAAGCCUUAAAUAUGCUGCAUUUCACGGUUGCCUUGAACUCAGUCCUGUGCCUUUGAAGGGGGGAAGCCCACAGAGAUGAGCUCAGCCAGCAGAGCUGAAGACCCAUCAGUCACCGGGGUGCCUGAGGAUGCUCUUUGGUACCCAGCUGCUGCUCAGCCUCUCCCCCCAGCCUCCAACCAGAGACUCUUCCGUUCAUGUCAGGAAGUUAAACACAAGCCCCUGCUGCCCUGCUUGGGAAAGCUGGAUGGGAAACUCCUUUGAGCACAAAGGAUGGUGGCCUCUGAUGAUGCCUCAUCCCCUGGGAGGGUGGAGCGUGGUUUGCUGUGGCCCUGUGUGAGUCAGAGAAUCCCCUGCAGUGCUGCUGGGGUCCAGCCCUCCAACACAGGGCAGCACUCCCACUGGGGUGGGAGAACUUGGGCUGUCUGCCUUAGCCAUCAGGCUUGAUUUGGGAGGGAAGUUAGAUGAUUCAUUUUUAUGUUGUUUUGGUUUUUUGUUUUUUUCUUUUUUUAAUUAUUUGUGAUGAUGAUUCCUUGGUGUGAUUCUGCUCAUGCUGAGCUGGAGGAAGGUUCUUGCAGGA